CGCUCCGCCCCGGCCGCGGCCAUAGCUGCACCACGCGACGGUCGUCCUCCUCGGCCCCUGCCCUGCGCCACCCCAACCGCGGCCCCAGCUCCGCCCCCGCCGGCCACCACGGCCCCUGCCCCACGCCUCCCCGACCGCGGCCCCAGCUCCGCUCCGGCCGGCUUCCACGGCCCCGCCCCGCGCCGCCCCAGCUCCGCCCCGGCCGGCUUCCAUGGCUCCGCUCCGCGCCGCCCCAGCUCCGGCCCGGCCGCCAACAACCAGCAUCCAUGGCCCUCCGGAAUCCGGUGAGAUCCGCCAUGUCGAGCCUGCACCAUUGGAUCCCCAGGCGUGCCCAUUAUCCUCAUUCUGCUCCGUUCGAGGCAAGGAUGGGCUCUGCCCCGCACCGAGAAACGAGGGAUUUGGCGGCCACGGGGCUUCCCAUGUGUCCAUGGAGUUCGCCGGCGAUGGGAGUGCAGCUCGGCCGAGCGGCAUGAAGCUCGUUUGCUCGGGCGUGUAGCUCGACAAGCUCACAAAUGCAGUUCGCUGGAUGCAUGUUUGUGUGAUGCCCCUGAGAUGUAAUUUGUUAUGUGUUCUUGUGCAGCCGAAGAGGUUCAGCAGUAGUUUUCUUCCCCCCUGUUUUUCAUCCGCCUUCUCCCCCUUGUCGACUGCCCUCAACUGAAGCUCACUUAUGUUGAAUUUGUGAUUUUUUGUUGUUUUUGCAUCAUUCUGCAGUGCGCUUUUGCCUCCACUGAAGUGGGCUGGUCCUUGGUCGUGCAGUUCGGCGGCCGCACGCCCGUGCGGUGUUUUCAUUUGUUCUAAAAAUUGUUGAUGAAGAUGAAUGCAGUUCAUUAAUAAAAAAAGGAUGGGUGGUUCGUGAGGGA